AUGGACAGGGACGCCAGGAACUUGAUGCGUCCGAUCAACUCCGAUUUCACUUCCUCCUCCUCGUCUUCUUCCUCUAAUUCCGACUUGUUCCGCAGCGUCCAGGCCGCCCUCAAGCGCCAUCGCCCACUAGAGACAAGCAUAAGGCCUAAGCGCAUGUUGGCUCCUCGGAGAGAAGUAACUAAAAGUUCGGCUUCAAGUGCGACUCACAUUGACAAAAAUGAUUCACGAGGUGAAGCUACAAAGGGUCAGGAUAGUACUGCAAAGGAGACGAUUGUGCGGCAACACGACGUGGCUACUAUUGCUAAGGAAAGUCUGGAAGAUGCAUCUGUUACGGUGGUUUCCCAUUCAAACAGUAUCACGCACACGUUUGAUGAGAAUUUAGAUGUGCCGGUAGAUCAAACCAAGCCUGACAUUGGUCCUAAAGAUAUGUCUUCCUGUCGUUUUGAGUCUCAAGGGAUUGAUGCUCAAAAGAAGGUCCAAUUUGCAACUGGAACUCUUGCUUCUUCCUUGGAAAUGGAGUGGGUUUCUACUAGUCAAGCAGAGGCAUCAGGUGUCAUAAAUCAUGACUCAAAGCACCAUAAUAUUCUUAAUACAGAACCGGACAGCUCUUUGAAGUCUGAUGGUGGGAUUUCCUUGUUGGCGAAGAGAACAACUGCAGCUCAAGAUCAGUUGCAUCAGUUUAGGAACUUCUUAAGCCAGCCUAUGACUCAAUCCUCAGUUGUCGGGCCAUCAUGUGCCACUACUACGUCUGUCCAUGCUACUUCUGCACCUAUGUCGACAACUUAUUGUUCUAGUUUGAAUCGUGGUUCUCACAUGGCAGUAGAAGCCUUGAAAGAUUCUGAUGUAAAUCCUCAACCAUCAAAUGCUCCUUUAAGGGGCACAGGUGCACUGUCCAAUCCCCAGAUAGCUGUUGCAACCCAACCUUUGACCUCUGCAGUUGAUACCCAAAAUGGAAAAAAUGAAUAUAUCCUUUCAAAGGAGCAAAAAGGCUUAGAGAGUGAAUAUCAGGAAAACCCUUCUGUUGUCGAUGUGAAGCAAACUGAAGCCCAGGCAUGUGCAGAAGAUGUUGCCAGUGCACGAUCUCAGGUUACUUUGCCCCCAAAUUUAUGUUCUGAUACAAAGUCUGAGCCUUUAAAAUCAGAAAAACAAGAAAAAGCUGUAAGUGGUAAAGUUGCACAAGCUCGUAAAAAGAACAAAGAUUCUGACUUGUUUAUUAAAGUUAAUGGGAAGCUCUAUCAGAGGCUUGGAAAAAUAGGUAGCGGAGGCAGCAGUGAGGUCCAUAAAGUCAUAUCAUCAGAUUGUACAAUCUAUGCACUUAAGAAAAUCAAGCUGAAAGGGCGUGACUAUGCCACCGCUUUUGGUUUUUGUCAGGAGAUCGAAUAUCUGAAUAAGCUGAAAGGAAAGAGCCACAUCAUACAGCUUAUAGACUAUGAGGUGACAGAUAAGGCUUUACUGCAUGCAGUAUUGAGUGGCUCCAUAAAUAAUAAAGAUGGCAGAGUCAAGGAUGAUGGGUAUAUAUACAUGGUACUUGAAUAUGGAGAAAUUGAUUUGGCUCACAUGCUCUCCCAGAAGUGGAAGGAAAUGGAUGGCUCGAAUCAGACCAUAGAUGAGAACUGGCUACGAUUCUACUGGCAGCAAAUUCUUCUGGCAGUCAGCACCAUACAUGAAGAGCGUAUUGUGCACUCUGACUUGAAGCCAGCCAACUUCCUGCUUGUGCGAGGCUCCCUUAAGCUAAUUGAUUUUGGGAUUGCUAAAGCUAUAAUGAGUGAUACAACCAACAUCCAACGGGAUUCGCAGGUGGGUACACUAAGUUACAUGUCUCCAGAGGCAUUCAUGUGCAAUGAGACUGAUGCAGACGGAAACACUAUCAAGUGUGGUCGGCCAUCAGAUAUUUGGUCCCUUGGUUGCAUCCUUUAUCAGAUGGUAUACGGGAGGACCCCUUUUGCAGACUACAAGACCUUCUGGGCCAAGUUCAAAGUUAUAACAGAUCCUAACCAUCAAAUUGUAUAUGAACCAGUCUCCAACCCUUGGCUUCUGGACCUUAUGAGGAAGUGCCUUGCCUGGGACCGCAAUGAAAGAUGGAGGAUCCCUGAACUACUUCAGCACCCUUUUCUUGUUCCCCCGGUUCCAACCCAGCCAUCUUCUCAUGAGCACAGCUGUAAACUGCUUCGACUUAUUGGCCCCAAUUGUUCCAGUGGUUCUGAAGCCUCAAAGCUUUUGUGUCAGCUUAAACAACUGCUUGAAGACCCUUUGCCAUCCACAAUGUCUCAGUUAUUAACAUCGCGUGACCAACAAUGUACAUUGCUCUCCCAAGUGUCAAAAGUUUGCUCCCAGCUACAGGAACAAUUUCAGAGAAAUAUAUAGGUGAUGAUCCAAGCCUAUGAUCAUUGUCACCCUCAUAUCAUUGUCUU